AGAGUUUUAGUAACAUUCAUAAAUGAUAUGUAUGUUUCUUGGCAAAAUUAUUACACGAUAUUUUCUUGAAGAAAUAAUGUUCAAUGCCUUUGACGUGACUAUUCCGCUAGCUAAACAAAUGACUGCAAGGCCAGUUUUUCUGGUUGGUGAAGGCAGACAUGUCGAAAAGGAAUAAAGCCUCCUCGUGGGGGCUUCUCAACUACCGCUAUUUGUGCAAAAAAGUAAUGAUGCUUCGCGCUAUGGAGAGUGCCAGAGCUAGGAAGAAACACCAGAAGAUAAUCAUCUGCAACAUGAAGAGGAAACAAACAGACGUGCACAAUGAACCACUGGAUAAACUGGUCAAAACAACACCAAGCAUUGCAUUGCAAGAAGGUCACAGCACUAACUCUGAAAACAAAAGCACUAAUGCGUCUAAACCUGGACUCUCUGUGUUUGUACCUAAGACUUCUGAGCACCUCACAGACAGCUGGGAGGUGGAUAGUGGUUUCUCCUCUGAGGCCAGUCCUCCAGCCAGUGGGCGAAGUUCCCCGUGCCUCACCUCAUGCCCGACCACUGUGGUGGCAUUGGACUGUGAGAUGGUGGGCACUGGGCCUGGUGGGCGCUGCAGCGAGCUGGCCCGCUGCAGCAUCCUGGACUAUCAUGGAAACGUCCUGUAUGAUAAAUACGUCCGACCGUGUCAGCCUGUCACCGACUACAGGACACGCUGGAGUGGCAUCCAGAGGCAUCAUCUGCACAAUGCUAUGCCCUUCAUUCAGGCCAGGGAGGAGAUCCUCGGUAUACUUGAGGGUAAAGUGGUUGUGGGUCACUCCAUCUACAAUGACUUUGAGGCACUGGAUAUUUCCCAUCCGUGUCACAUGGUCAGGGACACGAGUACAACGCGCCUCCUUGGCCGGUUGGCUGGUUUCGCCCGAGAGCGCUGCCCCUCCCUUAGACUCUUGGCCAGUAAGCUGCUGAACAGGAAGAUACAGGUCGGAAGGAGGGGGCACUGUUCGGUGGAGGACGCUCAGGCUGCCCUCGACCUCUAUAAGCUGGUGGAGGGUGAGUGGGAGCAGGAACUGCAGAACAAGCUGAGGGACGACGAUGCUCCACAUGUGCCCAGCUUUGCCUCCUCAAUCCACUACAUGCAGGACGAGUACUGGCCGGAUGAUGUCACAGCUGACAGCCAAUGAGAGGGGAGUAUUUAUGACUCCUGUAGGGGGAAUUUCACAUGGAUGUAUUAUGAGAGUUGGAUACAGCGCCACCACUCAACAGAAAAAUCCUCCUGGUGUUCAAAAAGCAUUUUCUCCAUAGACCACAGUGAUAAUCUAGACGUCUGUGAAACUGCUGACAGAACACGUUGAACUGCAAUCCAGGCAGUUAUCGUUCUUUGUAUAAUAAAUUUUUAAUCAUGGAGGUUUUAUAUUUCUAAAACCUUUCCAGAGGCUUUUUUUUAUAGCGUCUAUGGGCCAAGCGCACAGGCUGGGGCAGUGGGAGAUGCCCUACUAUGCAUGUGCAGUAUGUCAGGCAAGUGAUUUUCACUGGGAAGAAUAGGCUCUCAUAAUACAUCCAUGGAAAAGUUCUGAUUAUGUGCUGAGUCCUUACCAACUUGAUUAUGUUUGGUGCUCAACGUUUAUGGAUACCUGAUGUGCAGAGCUCCGCGUUCUCUAAAAGUUCCUUCUCUUACCUGAAACGUUAAAUGUAACUGUUAGCACAGGAGACUGACAUUAGGCCACAUGCACAGCUGCACUGGAAAACAACUGUAUCUUUCAGUUAAAUGUUUUUCUCUUUAACAUUAAAAUUCUGAAGUGGCUGCUAUGUUAUACUAAAAUGCGCUAUAAGCGGCAGCUCUUAAGAUGUAUUUCACUGUCUACAAGGAAGAACAUUUUAAACAAGUUCACUAGGGACAGCAAGUUUAAACUGGUGCAACUGCCUCCAUGUGUAUACCUGUGUACCUUGAGUGUUGAGUUGUAAUGCUGGUAUUUUAUUACCUCUUGUAUGUCUUAAUAAAAUUACAUCAU